CAAUUCCACUGCAAGAGGGUGUCAUCGUGGACUGAACACAGGAUAGAACCCAAAUGGACUAGAGAGAGAGAGCGAGACGCUGCACUUUAAUCUGUUGUUCCUCGUGCCUUCCGGUCCACUAUUCUCGACAUUUUACUUCCUUUGAUUUUCCUUCAUUCGGUCCACAAAUUUUAAGCCUCUGCUUUGGUUUUGGCACAGAGAGAGAGAGAGAGAGAGAGGGAGUUGCAGCGCUGGAAGACUGGGACUGGGAAUUCCCGUGGAUUAUUUGUUGGGUUUGAACUUUGACGGACUCUUCAUCAAAUACUCACAGGCGACUGAACCAACCCUAUCCACAAAAAGGAAGUUUUUGCCGCUAUUUGUUACUGAGGGUUUCGAAAUGGUUUGAUUUUGGAGGUUUGGGUUCAUGAGUUGAACCCUCAGUGAACAAUGGGGAGUUUUAGUGAGCAAGAAGAUCAGUUCUUUGAUACCCGUGAAGACAUCACCUCUGUGUCUGAUUCAGGUUCUGAUCGAGGACCUGAAAAUUUUGAUUUUAAUUCAAUGGUUGGUGAUUUGAUCCCUGCUGGAGUUGGUUUUGAGAUCUGGCUUAAAGAUCCUGAGAGCAUUCAUCAACGCCGUAAUAAGUUCCUAAAAUGGAUGGGCGCAAGUGCUGAAGGAAAACAGGAGCAUUCCCAAGAUGCCAAUUGUAAUGGAAUGGAAGUGGAGACUGAAAGAAUCAUGGAAAACAGUGGGGCAUGUUUAAGAUUUUCAGGUUUCGAUGAUGGAUGUUCAUCGAGUCAAUCACUUGUGUCUUGUUGCUCAAAUGAGCUUCUAGAGUUGUUAGAUGGUUCAAUCGUAGACGAACACUUUUUGUGGUCAAUAAACAAUCUGGAUGAUGGUUUUGAGUUCACUGUGGAUGAACUGGGGCAAGAUGGGUUGCUGAGAGAACUUCGUGAAGUGGCAACAAACCGUUUGAUUCCCAUUGAAGAGUUUGAUAGAACUCUUGGAUUAUCCCCUCUCAUUCAGCAAGUCUUGCGGAGAGAAAGUCAAGAGUUUUGCAAUUCGGGGAAGGUAAUGAAACAAGUCAAAAGGGGAUGGUUGAGGAGAUUAGGUACUCUGGCUUGCAUUGUUGAUGGAAAAGUAGAAGCUGGCAAUUUGAAAUCUUGCAAUUCCUAUCCAAUUAUAGGUGCUAGGACUGAAAAUGUUAGGGUUAAGGCGUGUAAAAAGAGAUCCAAGGAACUUUCAGCCCUUUAUAUUGGACAAGAUAUAUUGGCGCAUGAAGGGUCAAUUUUGACAAUGAAAUUCAGCCCUGACGGUAAGUACCUUGCAAGUGCUGGUGAAGAUCGUAUUGUGCGUGUAUGGCAAGUGACAGAAUCAGGAACAUCCGACGAGUUUCAUUUUCCUGCAUUUGAUCCUUCGUUUGUUUACUUCACUGUUAAUCAUCUGUCAGAGCUAGUUCCCCUCUAUGAAGCGAAGGAGAAAAUGGGUAGAUUAUGGAGUCUGAGGAAAACAUCAGACCCAACUUGUGUCAUUUUCCCUCGGAAGGUUUUCUGGAUAUCAGAGAAACCCCUCCAUGAAUUUCAGGGACACCGUGGUGAUGUUUUGGAUCUCUCGUGGUCGAAGAAUGAACUUCUUCUGUCUUCGUCUACAGACUAUACUGUUCGCUUGUGGCAGGUGGGAUCAGACCAAUGCCUAAAAGUAUUUUCACACAACAAUUAUGUUACAAGUGUCGAGUUUAAUCAUGUGGAUGACAACUACUUCAUUAGUGGUUCGAUAGAUGGAAAAGUACGCAUCUGGGCAAUUCCUGGUUGUCAAGUUGUUGAUUGGACUGAUGUAAGAGAAAUAGUCACAGCUGUGUGCUAUAGCCCUGAUGGAAAGGGUGGAAUUGUUGGCUCCAUGAGCGGUAAUUGUUACUUUUAUGACACAUCAGAUAAUCAUCUACAGCUGUAUGCGCAAAUAUGCUUGCGGGGCAAAAAGAAGUCGCCCUUGAACAGGAUAACUGGUUUUCAGUUUUGUCCAAGUGAUCCAACCAAACUAAUGGUCUCUUCUGCUGAUUCACAAGUCAGGAUCCUUCAUGGGAUUGAUGUGAUUGGCAAAGUCCAAGCUCUUCGUAAUUCAGGAAGUCAAAUAUCAGCGUCAUUUACUUCAGAUGGGAUCCAUAUUAUCUCAGCAAGCGAGGAUUCUAAUAUCUACAUGUGGAAUUACAUUUUCCAGGAUGAGAGUUCUCCAAUAAAAAACAAUUGGCCUCGUGAGCGCUUCUUCUCAAACAACGUAUCUGUUGCUAUUCCUUGGUGUGGAAUGACAUGUGGAAACUCUAUCCUCUCUAAUGUCUUAGUAACAACAUGUACGUCAGUCACACUUACCGUAAACCAAACAAGAUGUGGCUCGGAAAAUGGCACCUUACCUGAUUUCUCAUUGAGCCGUGGGCUUUUCUCAGACUCUUUGUCCAAGGGUUCUGCGACCUGGCCAGAGGAAACACUCUCUACUCCAAGCCCGGUUGUAGUCACAUCUGCCAGGUGUAAGUCCCAGUACAAGUUUCUGAAGAUGUCAUGUGAAAAAGCCUUUGGUUCUCCUCAUGCAUGGGGUCUGGUGAUUGUGACAGGCAGCUUGGAUGGGAGGAUCAGAUCAUUCCAGAAUUAUGGAUUACCGAGACUUAUUUAAGGCCUUAGAUGCCUGCAGGGUUCUACAUAUCGGCCGUUACAUCAGCCAAUACCUACUGGGAUUGUUGACCUUUGAUACCCAUAUUUACGAAUAUGUCAGCCGGUCUGUCCAAUAAUGGUCCAUUAAUAAUUCAGAAUGACCUUUUUUUUCCCCUCCGGGAGGCUCAGAUAUACUGUUGAAACCUGAUGGUUGUGGUGGGCCUAGACUUGGGAAUUGCACUGGCAUUUGGCUAAAUUUGCCAGAAAGAUCAGGUUUUUUUUGUUUUUUUUUGGCUGCAAAAUUAAUGACCUUGGUACAUAUGCAUUUGUACUGAGUCGUUGGGUACGAAUAUGGUUGCUUGGCGAAGGUUAUGAAGAUGCUGUGGUUUUGCUACCCGGCCGACUCAAUUAACAUUGUCCCUUUGCUGGUUUGGUACUCUACUGUAGUUUGGCCAAGCAUCGAGUUAUCAACCAAAGGAUAAUGACUCUUAUUGGAUUGUAUAGGCACUCUCAUUAUACUAUUUUUUUCAUUUCUUAUACUGUAUAUUUAGAUGCCUGAAAACAAAAGGCAGGAUUAUAACAUGGAGAUUAAUAUUCUAGAGUGGAUGUUGUCGGGAGUUAACCAUGAAAUUCUAGAGUAGAUUAACAUU